CCUCGUCGACAGCGACUUCUUACUCAUGGCCGAUGUCAAACUGGAGGGGGCAACGGCUAGUCUUGAACAUGGGUCCAACGACCUCUCGAUCUGCGGCAUCCACCAUCGCAACCACAGAGCUGGCGAGCCCGAGGAGAUGGCCUCGAACCAGCCGGGCAGCGAUCACUCUUUAGGAAUGGCCAUCGGCAACGAAGAUGAAUUGCAUUCCACUUCUGGCGCUAAUAUAGAUGAGGGGGAGCUCGAGUCCAACCCCAGGGAGCCGAGAGUGGGGAUGGAAUUCGAUUCAGAGAUGGCCGUGUAUAAGUUUUACCGCAGCUACGCUAAACAAACCGAUUUCAAUGUAAGAAUGGGAAAAGCAGAAUACUCUGGAAGCGACAAGGCCUUCUUAUGCUCUUACCAAGCCGACAAGUCCAAAGAGCAGAUCGCCAAGGCGACGCAGUACAAAAGACGGGACAUGAGAACAGGAUGUGAUGCUAAAAUCGAGUGCGUGGCAAACGAUGAAACGUGGAAGAUCUCCAAGGUCGUUCUCGAGCAUAAUCACGCGACAACGGCUCUUUCGACAAGUGGGAUUGUGGACGAAGUUAGGGCAGUUGGAGAGCGGGCUCUUGUUUCCGAUGCGGAUUACAGUGAUGUUGAUUGCCCAAGACCUGCGCCUGAGGAGACACAGGACUUGAUUGAUCACUUCAAGUGUCUUGCGAGGUUAGAUUGUUGUUCCUGUUACUCGUUGCGAGUGGUAGAGGCACGCGGCAUGGAGAAUUUUUUCUGGAGGGAUAGCCGGUCCAAGCUCGAUUACGAGCAUUUCAGCGAUCUUCUAGUCCUGGACACAAGAACUUGGAUCACCAAGUAUGGCAUAAUCUGUGCAACAUUUUGGGGACUUAAUCAUCACCGGCAGCCCACCAUAUUCGGACACGGUCUCUUGGUCGAUCGAACGGUGGGUUCGUUCCAUUGGCUGCUCGAUAGUUUCCUUGAAUCAAUGAACUGGCAGAAACCGCAGACAAUCAUUACUGAAUUCAGUGAAGAAAUCGCCGAAGCCGUAUCUCUUGUCUUGCCAGAGACCCGCCAUUGUCUGCCUGCUUGGUCUAUCUUGAACAGUUUCAGGAAGUACCUGUCUCCUUUGAGUAGCCAACUCGAUGUUGUCAACCUCUUCAGGGAGUGCCUCUUCCUCCACUCGCAGGAAGAAUUCAAGUCGAAGUGGAAUUCCUUUAUAGGAAAGUACAAGCUGCAUGACAACUCGUGGCUUGCUUCUUUGUAUAAAAUGCACGAGAAAUGGUCUCAUGCGUUCACGAAGAACUUCUUUUCUGUUGACCUACUCUCCAUACAAAAUGAUGAGGAUGCUAGUCACAUUGUCAGGAAUCUCUCCUCCGAGACCAUGACGCUAACAGAAAUUGCAUGCCGGUGUGAACAGGCGGCCAAGAAGAUACGCACAGAAGAAUUUCGCGAAGACAUGCUCUGCGAGAAAAACAAGGUGAAUUUGAAAACCAGGAGUCCAAUGGAGAAAGAAGCUGAACGACUCUAUACUCGAACUAUAAGAUGUUCCGAGAGGAGUUUAUCGAUUGCCUAACGCUGGCAGUUGAAGAAAUUAACAGCACGGAGACUCUUCGCAUGUUUCAGUUGACUGAAAAAGGCAGCACAAAGACACAGACCCUCAGCAGCAGAAAGGCACAGACCGUCAAGUUUGAUCCUUCCGAUUCAACAUUGGCAUGUAGCUGUGGGAAGUUCGAGUCGGUCGGUAUUUUAUGUGUUCAUGCCUUGAAAGUACUCAUCUUCAUGAAUAUUUUCAAGAUACCGUCUCGCUACUUGGUGAAACGAUGGACAAAAUCUGCCAAAGACAGCCUGCCGGUGGACAUCCCAGUGCAUGGACUGCACGUGAUGGAGUUCCGAUCAAUUCGUUUACGGGUGAGUUUAUGCGUAAGGCUUUGCAUGUAGCCCAUAUGUCUGUAAAUAAGAAGAGGAAGAGAAUAGCUAUGAGGUUCAUAGAUUUGGCAGUGGAGCACAUUGCAAAGGUUUUGAAAACGGAAGAAGUGGCAGUUGCUCUGGACGAUCCAGACGGUAAGGAUGAUAUGGAUUGGACCAUUUGUGAGUAUGCUCUCGAAACACAACUCGACCAGCAGAAUGCAGCUAAAUCUGGGAUGGGAUGUCCGAGAGGGAAACGCAAAGUUCUAGGCCAUCGACCAGCUGGUAAACGGGGACGUCUUAGCUGUAUUCCAGCAGGUGACAAUUAAGCAUGCGUUCAGGGAAUCAAAUCAGUGUGCGAAAAGCUAGCAAAGAUGAAAUUGAUGGCAUCUUACUAUAUGUAUCUACUUUCAAUUGUAUUCCUUCUGAAUUAGAAACUUCGGUUGUAUUAAAUAAGCAAAGAGCAAUAUCCCCGGAGACUCAGACUAGGAUUUGGCCUUGAUUUGUACUUCCUUAUUUGGAUUGUUUAUGUAAGCAUGUUUCUACUGAAAAAAA